CACCACUGAUCGAACCCGAACUCACAUACAUCGCAUUGCCCUUGACUUUGUCUGCAUACAGUACAACUAUCAACGCGACAACCACUUGCCAGACAUUGCCUCAGCCCAUCGCCAGCUCUGCGAAUUCCAGCAUACCCUCUGCCUCCAGCACCUCUGUCAUCACACACCGCAACCAUGGCCAACGACGAGUACGAUUUUCUCUUCAAAGUGGUCCUCAUCGGAGACUCGGGCGUCGGAAAGUCCAACCUUCUCAGUCGAUUCACCCGUAACGAGUUCAACCUCGACUCCAAGUCCACCAUCGGCGUCGAGUUUGCCACCAGAUCCAUUCAGGUCGACUCCAAGACAAUCAAGGCACAGAUUUGGGAUACUGCUGGCCAGGAACGUUAUCGCGCCAUCACCUCUGCCUACUACCGCGGUGCUGUCGGCGCCCUCCUCGUCUACGAUAUCAGCAAGGGCGUGACGUUUGAGAACGUGAACCGAUGGCUGAAGGAACUGCGCGACCAUGCCGACCAGAACAUUGUCAUCAUGCUCGUGGGUAACAAGAGCGAUUUGCGGCAUCUGAGAGCCGUGCCCACGGAGGACGCCAAAAAGUUUGCCGAGGAAAACCACUUAUCCUUUAUCGAGACUUCGGCUCUCGACGCCACAAACGUCGAGCUCGCGUUCCAAAACAUUUUGACUGAAAUCUACAAGAUCGUGUCGACCAAGAACUUCGAUAACGGCCCUAGCGGGUCCAACGAGGGACACCAAAACCUGUCUGGCCAGAGCAUCUCGCUCAGUCAGACCGCGAACGACCCCCAGGCGAAGUCUGGCUGCUGUUAGGAGGUGCUUGAUUCUCCGGGCCGGGAACCGAGUGGCCCUGAAGGGUUGAGGUGCAGGGUGCAGCAGAGUACAACAGGGUGCCGAACCAAGAACGGCGUCACAUAUGUCUGACAUGAAGCAAUGGGAGGCUUAUGAUGAACAAUGAAGAGCAGCAUCGGGGGAAAAGUACGGACGGAUCCUGCCCAGUCUUAUUACAUCACGGUCGCCGAUGGGAUGGUCUGUUUUUCUUUUUCUCUCUAUUUUUUGGGCUUUUGGGGAGGGGGAAAGGAUGCUCGUCUUCCAGCCUUUCCUUUUUGUUGUUAUUACUACUACUACCCCUUUCUUCCCUUUUCCCCCCGUGCUGGUCGUUGGAAUUUUCCUCAAUGUGGUUAACGAAGCCAUCACUUGCGCAUGGGUUACGAAAGAUAUUAUUUAGUUGAAAUGAACUAUGGGCGAUAAACAGCCCUUAACUCAA